CAUAUGAGAGGCACAAUUAACCCUAAACGGCUUAGCAUCGUAUUGGAAGAGAUGCCGCUUGAAUAUGAAUCUGAAAUAUAUUUUAUGACUCUUCCUGAUGAGCAUCAAAAUCUGUGCAUAUUUCAAAACCAGAUUCGUUAAGAAAGUAUCUCUACGGAGAAGUCUGAUCACAGUUCAAGAAACUUUUAACGCUGAUUACGCAAAUGCCCUUUCCUGUACUUAAUGGUGCGUCUUUUAACUAGGAAACUACGAUACGAAGUCGAUGAAUAAGAAUUACUUCGUUGUAGAUACUGAGUAUAUUUGGGAGCCAAAUACCACCUUCU